AUCCUUCUUAUGAAAAUGCCUACCCCUGUGAAACCGCCGGCGACAUGGCUGUCCACUGUGGCAUUUAUUUGGGUAAAUGAGAGAGACAAAAACCAGAUUUGUUUCCUUUUUUUUUCUAUCUGUUUUGUCAUAAUGAGUACCACGUUGGUCCACAAUGUUAUGCGAACAGCAAGCCCACCGAAAACCGUCUGUUCACACACGGGAGAGGUGGUGUGUUGACGUAUGUGACGAAGCUCUACCCCUGCAGUCGUCGUUUGCUUGGAAAACCAGAAAUUUUCAGGGAAUUCAAAGAGUCUGGAAAGUCGGCUACCCUAAUCGGCACCGCGCAGCUGACCCUGCCAGCGCCCCGGCGGUAGCUGACCGUCCACCCGGCACAGCGGAGACGCAAUGACUUGGAUGGCCGCUCGCGCAAUGCCGCUUCUCCGGCUGCACGCUGGCUCGAGGUCGGCGGGCCGCCGAGGCAUCUCUGCACUGUCCCAAGAGACCCGGACCAAGUUCCUGGGCUUCCGCGGCGGCUCCGUAUCCCUUCGCAAGGACGACGCUUCGGGCAUCGGCGAGCUGGUCUUCAGCCACCCGGGCAAGCGCAACUCCUUCUCAGGGGAGAUGAUGGUGGCACUGCACGACGCGGUGGCGGAGCUGGAGGCCUGGCCCCUGGGCAGGGCACUGCUGGUGCUGAGCGAGGGGGACCUUUUCUGCUCGGGAGGGGACCUGGACAUGAUGCGAGCCCUGGACUCGCCCGAGCAGGGGGCCCAGAUGGCCGCCCUCAUGCACGACGCCCUCACGGCCCUGCACGACCUGCCCCUGCUCAGUGCCUGCCUGGUCCAGGGAAGGGCCCUUGGUGGCGGGGCCGAACUGACCACGGCCUGUGACUUCAGGCUCAUGCUGCCCAAAGCCCAGAUCCAGUUUGUCCAGGUGCGCAUGGGCCUGGUUCCCGGCUGGGGAGGCACGACGCGCCUGGUGCGCCUGCUGGGCCCCUCUGCAGCGCUGGAGCUGCUGUCGUCGGGUCGCAGCGUGGAAGCGGAGGAGGCGUUGCGGCUGGGGCUGGCUGACGGGCUGCUGCAAGAGUCGGAGGACCCCGUGGCCCAGGCCAGGGACUGGCUGCGGCAGCACGCACGGGGAGACCCCCACGUACUGCAGACCCUCAAGCGGACGGUGGUGAAGGCGAGGCAGCUGUCGACGGCAGAAGCCCUGGCCGAGGAGCGCCGGCUCUUUGCCACUGUGUGGAGCGGUCCGGCCAACAGGGAGGUCCUCAAUCGCAAGGUCAAGCACUGACCAGCCCCUUGACAUCGGUGGAUUCUGCCACUCUGUUGCCGAGUUCAGCGGGUGUCCUUCGACUGAGCCUCUAAGAACAGCCCACCAAGUGCCGGCAAGAUAGGCGUAACGGUUUCCCACUUUGUGUACAGACCAAUGGGACUAUUGCUUGCCAUAAAAAGAAAGAGAGAAAAAAAAAGGAGCAUUGUGGCAUGUUCUGUUCUCUUAGCGGCGCAUACAGCCAACCGACAGUAACGAUGCCUCUUUUCGUUCGUUGUCAUCUUUGAGCACAGCUCUUAGGCGCCCAUUUCCGGCUUGAGGGCCGUCGGCGUAAUUGCA